AUGAAGUAUUCUGUAUUAUAACUUCUGGCCUUACCGUCUGCAAUAGUUUGAUUCAUUCCUUUCUUUUUGAAAGAAAAAAACAUCCAGACUCUUCAAACAUGGCCACAGUCGCAGUUACCCAAAUCAUUGUUAUGAUGUUAUUUUUCAGUACAUGCCAUGCUCAAGACGGUUGUGUCGCUUACGGUUUCAACCCAUUUACAUCUUAUACCGUUACUGUUGGUUCGCAAAAGGAUUGUUUCUCGGCAUGUGUAGAAGCAGCCAAAUGCUAUCACUAUAGCUACAACGGUAACUGUACAAUCACAGUACUGGCAGUACCAAUUGAUACAUCUGCAGAUAAAUGGUCUUCGGGGACUGUGAUUUGUUCUAAUGAUAUGUCACACUGUUCAGCAUAUCUUUCCUUCAAAGCAGCAAGCCCAUUAAGUACUAAUCACGCCGGAUGUUUUCAGAGCUGUUCAAACAACCCCAAAUGCCUUGGGUAUUCAUACAACAGUGGCUCAUGCACAACACGGAUUUUACAAGGAAAUGCGAUCGACAUAAACUCUACGCAGAAUACAGAAGCAAUGGUCCGAUGCAAAAUACCUGAACCAACGACAACCACCCACGAGACAACCACCCAAGAGACAACCACCCAAGAGACAACAACCCAAGAGACAACCACCAAAGAGACAACCACCAAAGAGACAACCACCAAAGAGACAACCACCCAAGAGACAACCACCCAAGAGACAACCACCCAAGAUACAACAACUCCACCUGCUACUACCAUUAAAGCGACAAGAAAACGUUGUAGGAAAGUUUAAAACGUGGCACUCUUCUUGCAACAAUGAAUUGUGAAAUGCCGUCUACAUAAAGAUAGAAUCAUCAUUAACUACAUUUGUGUUGAAACAUCUAAAGUCUAUAUUCUACACCGAUUAAAAUUGUAAUUUUACAUUUUUUGGACGUUUUAAAAUUGAAUUACUUAUUUAAAAUCAAAAAUAUUUGUCACUCAGCACACAAUAAUUUCUUCUACUUUUAUUCACUAAAUUCAAUUAGCAAUUGAAUAA